AAUUUUUUAAAAAUUAUAAUAUAUUUUAAAAAAAAAACUAAAUACGCCCGCUCCGCUCCCCACCUCCCACCCCCUUCAUCUUCUUCUCCAGCCUCUUUAUUCUUCAGAGAAUACUGAUAAAUUUUCACACACACAGUAGGAGAACUUCUUCAAGAUACUAUACGCACACAUAUUGGGAGAUCUCAUGAUACACACACUACUAAUUCACACAGAAAAAAGCACACACACGCACAUUGUAAAGAAAAGAUCGAGAGUGGGAGAUCGGGAAAAGAAGAGCAGAUCAGAGAAGGCUAAAAACAGGGAGAAGAAGAUAAAAAAUGGACUGAAAAAUGGGAAGCGAACUAUCGAAAUAGUGAAUUGGCCAUGUCUACAGUUGGGGAGGCUGAAACUGAGGGUCAGCAACUGAUGAACAACAUUCAAGAUCUAUCUAUUCAAGACCAGGCUAAAAUGAAGAGCAUUUCUGAGGAGAAGCACCAAGUUGAUUGCGAGAACAAUCAUCAUGGUGUCUGUGCCAUAUGUUUGAAUAAGAUAGUGCUUCAAGAAACUGCUCUUGUAAAAGGUUGCGAGCAUGCCUACUGUGUGACUUGCAUCCUUCGGUGGGCAACCUACAAAAAGGAACCGACAUGCCCUCAGUGCAAACAUCCAUUUGAAUUUCUCUACGUCCAUCGCUCACUUGAUGGAAGUAUUCAGGACUACAUGUUCGAGGAGAGUGUCUGCCUUCUCCUGAGAGCAUCAUGGUUCAAACCCUUGAUUGUGGAGGAAAAACAAGAAGUCGAUGAUGACAUGGAUUACUUCUAUGCGUAUGAGGAUGACGAAGAGCUAGAAGACUUCCAUUUUUCUAGUUCACCCAGUCUCCGUAUAGGCAAUAGGAGAUGGGGUGAUAAUGGUUAUGUCAGGGCAGGAAGGCAAGAAGCAAGACCUGCUCAUCGACCAAACUCCCAAGACUUAGGUGCUGGCUCAUCACGCCAGGCUAAUAAGAAGAAAGAGACUGCUGGUCCUAAAGAAACUGUAGGCCGGCGUGCAAAGAGGGCACUCAAGCGUGAAGCUGCUGAUAAGGCGGCUGCUGAAAAGCACCAGAAGCAUUUGGCGAGGCUCGGUCGGAUAUGAUUUUGAUCCAUCUCUAACCUAAAUAUUAUGACAUGAUGAAUCACCCCUGUACAGUAACUAGUUUCUCCCGUUUGUAGAAUAAUGCCCAUAGUUUACUAAAUGGGAUGAACCAUUUCAUUCCUGUUAUAUCUUUCGGAGAUAAAUUUAUGACAAUAGGGAAGAAAGGACUCUUAUUUUCACCAUUAUAUGUACAUUGUUAGGUAAGUUUUAACUCCUUUACAAACGGUGACUGUUUUCAUUUAAUCUUUCAAUUUUGAUUGAGGUAUAUCAUAAUUGGAGGAUUUAGCAUAAA